AUGGAAAAGAAAAAUAAUGUAACUAUGUUCAUUUUAAGAGGACUUUCUCAGAACCCAAAGGUGGAAGGAGUUUGUUUUGUGGUGUUUUCUUUGCUCUACAUGGCUAUUCUGCUGGGAAACUUUCUCAUCAUGCUGACAGUACACAUGGGCAACCUUCUCAAAUCUCCCAUGUAUUUCUUUCUGAACUAUUUGUCUUUUGCAGACAUCUGUUAUUCCUCAGUUACAGCCCCCAAGAUGAUUGUUGACUUAUUAGCCAAGAGAAAAACUAUCUCUUACACAGGGUGCAUAUUACAGCUCUUUGGGGUACAUUUCUUUGGUCCCACUGAGGUUUUCAUUCUUAUUGUAAUGGCUUAUGACAGGUAUGUGGCCAUCUGUAAACCUCUUCACUAUAUGACCAUCAUGGACCAGGACACAUGCAGUAAAAUGAUACUGGGGACCUGGAUAGGUGGGUUCUUACACUCUGUUAUCCAGAUGGCUUUGGUGGUUCAGCUCCCCUUUUGUGGACUCAAUGAGAUUGAUCACUACUUUUGUGAUGUCCACCCUAUGCUCAAACUGGCCUGCACAGACACAUAUGUCAUUGGUGUUGUUGAGACAGCCAACAGUGGAUCCAUUGCUUUGGGGGGCUUUGUAAUCUUGUUAAUCUCCUACACUUUCAUCCUGAAAUCCCUGAGAAAGCAGUCUGCGGAAGGCAGGCGCAAAGCUCUCUCCACUUGUGGGUCCCACAUUGCUGUGGUCAUCAUGUUUUUUGGUCCCUGUACUUUCAUGUACAUGCGCCCUGAUGUUACCUUUGCUGAAGAUAAGAUGGUGGCUGUAUUUUACACUAUUAUCACCCCAAUGUUGAAUCCCUUGAUUUAUACGCUCAGAAAUGCAGAAGUAAAAAAUGCAAUGAAAAAACUGUGGCAUAAAAAGGUUUUCUGUCAGGCUACUGACAAAUAG